AUACCACAAAGUGAAUGUUUAUGUAAUCUGUUCAUUGUGUAGGAUGAAGGACAACCCAUUCUCCGAAAAUCUUGUGAGUGUACUGGAGACUGUACUACCUGGACCUCCAGAUAUUCAGAAAGACAAUCAGAAAUUUGAAUGUGGAAUUUGUUAUGCUCAGUAUCUUCCAAUUGACGAUGACCUUGGAGCUAAGAGUGGAAGUGGUCCUGACUAUACAUGUGACAAUGCGAGCUGCAGUAAAGCUUUCCAUAGCUUGUGUCUUGGGGAUUGGUUGCGUUCCAUCACAACAACAAGGCAAUCAUUUGAUGUUCUAUUUGGAAGCUGCCCAUACUGCUCAGAGCCAGUUGCAGUCAAAGUCAAUGCCAAAGAGUAAUAGUUAUCUUUAUUCAACUGUUAUUCUGCAUCAGAUUUGAUGUUGGAAGGCGAGAGCAACUCCUUUGGCCUGUGAAUCAUUCACAUCUUAGGGAAGUUUGCCUUUUCCAUGAUACUAUUAACCCUAUGGUUCGAGGAGGGCA